ACCCUUAGGAAACAGGUAGAUAGUAUCUUCUGAAACUCUUACCCAACCAAAUGAGUCCAAGUUUUAAGAUGUCAUAUCACCUUAACUUCGGAUAAACGAGAUAAGAAUUGGGUUCCUUUGGUUGUUGCAUCUAUAAAAUUGGGCUUAGUUAGUAGAGAAUUCGACAAGAAAAAAAGUUAAGAGAAAAGGUGUGCAGAGAAAAGGGGAAGAUGGGAGACUUGAUGCAGAGAAUUAUGGCAAUGAUUGAGGCUGAGCAAGCAGCCAAAGGCUCCAACAAUGCUUCUUCAAACUCAUUCAACAACCAUGGCAGCGGUCCCCAGGAUUUCGGCGGUGCAACCAUCAACAGUGGUCAAUAUGCAGGUAACCGUAACAGGUUUAAACACUCAGAGCACUACGGUGAACGGAUUCUGAAUAACACUGGUACUUUCAACGGUAAUGGCAACGGAGGGACUAUUCAGGGUGGCUUUAAGGCUGAAACAUCCAACUUCUAUUAAUUAUACGACGUAUUUCAUAUAUCCAAGGUGGUCAGCAUCCAUGAUGUACUAUCUGUCAUGUUAUGUUGUAUUAUAAACACAUAAAUAAUGUAGAGCUACGGCUCUUGCUCUAUAUAAGAAUAAAUAAAAUGGUAUUGGGGUGUUAUCCAAUCCCCUUCUUUCUUUUUUUUUA